GGGGUGACUGUUCUCAGUGAGAAUGAGGAAGGCAAGCACAGUAUCCAAGGCCAGCCCACUGUCUUCUACAUGCCACACUGUGGUACAGCUCUGUACAACAAUCUGCUGUGGAGCAACUGGUCCAUAGAUGCACUUUCCAGGAUAGUCAUCAUUGGCAACAGUUUCCAAGGCCUCGAGGAAAGGUUGUUGGCGAGGAUUCUGCAGAAAAAUUAUGCCUACAUUGAGAAGAUUCUGAAAAGCCUGGAGGAGCUCCCACUGCCUCAGACUCCGCAGUACAUGGACACUUUUAAUGACAUCUCUGUCCACUGGUUCCCUCUCCUGAAGCUGGAGAGACUGCCCAGAGACCUGUGGGCAUCUCAGGAAGAGCCUGAUUACCAGGACUGUGAGGACCUGGAGAUCAUCAGGAAACAGACAGACUGAGCUCAGCUGGUAUUGCGGGCAGUACCUGCAGCCUGGGCCAGGAGCCUGGUGCAGACCAUGCCAUCUCCUGUGCCAGGCCAGGAAUACAACCCAGGAUGGUGAGAUCACAUCACAUCACAUCCUGCCCUGGUGGCCUUGGUCUCCCAAAUAGAGCCAUUAUUUGUGAA